AUGGAGGUGCUGAAGCGCGAGUGCUGGUUUUACAGGGAGCAAGCGACUCCCCAUGCCACGAAGGUUGACGCUGCAACGCUUGACAGGUACGUUGCGCGCGGUCGUGUUACGCUUGCGACUGUGACGCUGUCAAGCGGACGUGAUGUUUCCUCCGUAAGCGUGAAGGGUGCUUCCCAAGGAGAUGUCAAGGGACUUCCGUGCGGCGCACGGUCCUUGCUGAUCGACCACGCUGAUGGCAGCAUCGUGUGUCGCGGCAUCAACAAGUUUUUUGACCUAAACGAGGUGGGGAGCGACUGGUUGAAGGACUCCUCCCUGUGGACGAACGCGUACCGUGUAUGGGCUGUGCGUAAGAUGGCUGGGUUUAUUAUCACGCUCUUCUCGCUCGACGGCACGCGACUUGAGGUAAUGAGUAAGCACGUUCUCGUUGGCCCUCACGUCGACGCAGCGUGGGAGCUUCUGGGGAGGGUGAGUGAGGCACACCGAGCUCGACUGGCGGCAGACUUAUUCGAAUGGGGAGCGUGCGCGUGUUGCGAGUGUAUUCGACGCACGCAGGAUUGUCUGCACCCAGUGCUUGAAGCACAGCAGUUUGAUGAGCAAGUGAUCCUGAUCGCGGUGCAAAGGCGCACACAGCUGCGGGAGGAGAGCCUGUGCUUCUCGCAGUUAGCAACUGUGGCUGAGCGGUGGGGUCUUGAUGGUGCCCCAGGGGUGGCGGUGACAGAUGAUGCGGCUCUGCAGAGUGUGUUCGCUGCUACAGAUUCGUGGAAUGCGGCGUACACCCCCUUUGGCACUUGCCCACAGCUCGCGGAGGGGUUUGUGCUGCUAAUCGAGACGGCAGGGUCAGCGGCGGCACUCAUCCCUCGAUGGUGCUUUCCAUUGCGACUCAAACUCAAAACUCCUAAGUACGUUGUGCUGCGGGCCUUCCGUUCUCUCGUGUGCGGCGACUCACGGCCGCAGAGCUACCUCUAUCACCAGGCACUGAUGGGGUGGCUUCAGCCUAGAAAUGCUGCGGAGGUUCGACGGCGUGUGGCAGAGGCAGGGGUGCAUGCACUGAACAGCGAGUUCGAGUCGGACUUAUUGAUGCAGCAGCGGGUGCGACACCGAGAUGCUCAAGAAACGAUCGGCGACGCACUUGCUCGCCUUCAGCGCACGACGGCGCUCACUGCCUGCCCUCGGGGUCUAUGCCCUCUCACGGUGGUGGUUCUCUGCGGCUUACCUGGGGCUGGUAAGUCAACGCUCUCGAUGGCGCUUGCCCGUGUGCUUGCGUUGGAGGAGGUGUCUCCGUUCAGCUUUGUCGUUCACCUGAGUCGCGACGCAGUGAGCCGCACCGUAGCGGUUGACCACGGUAUCACAGCCGAGAGUAGCAAGCAUAAACAGCGACGUCUGCGCGCCCUGGUUCACCAGACCCUCUGCGAUCAACUGCGGGAGGUGGCGUGCUUUUCCACAGAGACAGGCCAGAGCGGUCUUCUCCUCCUCGAUGCGUGCAACGCAACGCAGGAAAGUCGACACAUAUGGCGGCAGUACUUCCCGACCACGUUGCACCACUAUGAGGUUGCUUUCGUGGAGUGUUCCGACACCACUGUAAUGACGCAGCGUGCCGCCAGGCGAGACGGUCACGAGGUGCUGCUCAGUGUUGCCGAAGCGCAACAGGCACUCUAUGCGGUGCGCAGAAAGUUUCAGCCUCCCCUGGAGGAGGCUGCGUGGAGCGUUGACACGAAGGUGAGCUCUAUAGAAGAGGCGGCUGCGAGCUUGCGCACACAUCUCGAGCAGAGAGCGCCUCCACGGAGCUGCGCCGGCUGCUGCCGAAGCUUGACAAUCCCAGCGCUACGGGAUGAGCGGCGUCAGAGCCACGCAACCCUGCUGCACAGUCUGCUCGGCUUGUCGGAGGGUACUUCCGGGGCGCUUACCAACAUGAUGUUCUACGAGGCCUCGACCCCAAAGGUAAGCAGAGCAACUUCGCUACAGCUACGACUCGAUUGCUCUACGGAGGCGCUUCGCAGCGCAGCCGCGCAACUGGUUUCUUCCUCGCUGGCUCAGCCGCGUCAGUCAGCCGUGUCUUUCGCCUCGGCCGGCCGUCUUCUCUUCCAGCGAGUCUCGGCAGCACUUCGAGGUUUGUCAUGGGCACCCUCCUUUCCAGUUACUGGUCACGUGACCAGAGGUCAUUUAAAAUGGUUGCGUGGCUGGCUGCUGCGCGGGCGUGACUCAUGCGGGCCAGCGGAGGUGCAAAGUGCGCUACGAGAGCGAUUCGUGAUGGAGCCGGCGAGUUCGCACGUGACGCUGCUUCGGAUAAACUCCUCAGUGGGGUCCACAAGUGCCGAGCAGGCCGUGUCCGAAUAUCUCUGCCAGACUGGCAUGCGCCUCGGUCAAGAGGUGGCGGUGCGGGUCACGUCUUUGCUUUUGGACCGCUACGCCGUGAGUUUUGGUGUCACAUUAGCUGGAGGGCAGCAUGUGCAGGGGCCGAGUGUGCAGAGGCCCGGGGGCACUGUCAUCCCCCUGCAUAUCACAGUCGGUACCGCAGCCGGAGUCGCUGCUGCCUAUGCUGGAAAUAUGUUCGCCAUGUUUGACGUCUUGCAGGCAGAGAAUGAGUCACUAGAGGCAGUGCAGCGGGGGUCGUUUCAAGCAGUCAACCGAAGCCAACGAAAGUACCACAACUUCGUUGAAUACCAGCUGAGCAAUGCGCUUCCGCUGCGUGGCGUAGUGGAGGUGUGUCCCUCAUAA